AUGUUACUCGCCUUGAAGAACCUCUUCAGGUACUUGCGCCUCAAGGCGCUCGUCACNCUUGCCCGCCUCAAUGUGUGGUGGAGCGGCAUGAUGCCAAACCCCUCACCAGACUCAAUCUUGCAGAUUCCGUCAAGGUCCGGUCGCAACAUCAAGGCUCAUGUCUACAAAUCCACUUCUUUUACUCCUGGAAUCCCAUCACCACUCUUGAUCAACUUCCACGGUUCAGGCUUCGUUUUCCCUCUGCACGGCUCCGACGACUUUUUCUGCCGCAAAGCUUCCUCUUCAACUCCCUACUCGGUUCUCGACAUUCAAUACAGCCUUGCUCCAGAAUAUCCCUGGCCAGCAUGUCACAACGAUGCCGAAGAUGUUGUAAAAUGGGUCCUUGGUCAACCUGACAUGUACUCGACUUCUCAAAUCGCCAUUUCUGGUUUCAGCGCUGGUGCAAACAUGGCUUGUGUUGCAGCUGCAUCGACUUUCCCCAAGGAUACAUUCAUCACACUGCUGGCGUUCUACCCGCCUACCGAUCUCUCCAUGACGCCAGAGUCAAAGUCACCCCCAGAAGACGAUGGCAGAUCUAAUGACAUGACUGCAAAAAUGGCAAGCUUGUUCGACGCCUCGUACCUGCGUCUGGACCCCGACAAGGCAGAUCCUCGCGUCUCACCUGCUCUUGGACCUGUAGACAACUACCCCAAGAACUCCUUGUUUAUUACCUGCGGACGCGACAGUCUCUGUCUGGAAACCGAACGACUGGCCAAGCGUGUCGAGGAGAAGCACGGAGAGAGCGUAGUGCUCAGACGCAUGGAGAAAUGCGGACAUGCAUGGGAUAAGAGAGCAGCUCCUGGCUCACAUCAGGAACGCAAGCGUGACGAGGCGUACGGGUUGGCAAUCGACAUGUUGAUGAGAACAAAGCAGCAAUAA